GAUUAAAUAAUCACUGAAUCGUUCUUAGAACUAGUUAAACGACCAACUUGUUCGAUAGAACGAAUGGGUCAGACUCCUCUUCACUACAGGCUGGUGUUGUUUGGUUUGUAUUUUUGAGUCCACCUCACGUGCGCCACACAGUGGUUGAACUGCAGUAGCACUAGACGAAGACGGCGCUCUGCAUAGGAACUGUCCAGCGUCUCGGUGCUGAAACUUACUCCUUCGGCUCUCGGCUAACAGCAAGAAAGGAUCAUACAAUUCUCAAAUAGGCUUAACAACCCAGCAACGAAGGCCUGGUUGAUUCAGAUGCGUCAGUACAUGGACAAAGGGCUGCAGAUAAACAGAGGAAGGGACGUGGUGAGAACGACGGGGGAAAGAGAGACUGAGUAAGACGUGGAGAAGCGCUCACUCUCUCAGCAUUAUGUCCUGGUCUCUGGACUUGGUGCCGCUUCCCCCAUGUGCAUUGAUGGGAGGUCCCCCCCUCAGCGGGCUCCUCUGGACCGUCCUCCUCCUCUUCCUCUGGUACUGCUACCGCAUGGGUUCUGACCCACCAUCCAAUUCUGGUAUGUUAAAAAGUGGCUCUGGCCGGUCCUCAUUCUCUCGGUCAUCCAGCCGUUGCCCGGUUGACCCCAGACACUCUGCACCUAAAGCAUCAGCGGCCAUCAACAUGGAGACGCUGGAGGAAGAGGAGGGCACAGAGAGCUACCUGACACCAGUGUUGAGCCACGCCCCGUUCCCCACUGAGGCUGCUGCAGAAAGCAGGAAGUUGUAUAGAGCACUACAGGAAUAUGCCAAGCGCUACAGUUGGGCUGGCAUGGGGCGAAUUCACAAGGGCCUGCGCAAUCAGGCCAGGAUCAAUGAUCGGCCAUCCAUUCAGAAGCCUCAUCUCUUCUACCUCCCAGAUGUUCCCAGCAUACCUUUCUUUCCCAGGGAUGCUCAUCGUCAUGACAUCGAGGUUCUGGAGGCCAGCUAUCCCAUAAUCCUUGCUGAGUUCCAAGCUGUGUACCAGAGGGGGAUUGAAACAAAGCUAGGGUGGAGCUACCAAGGACCAAAGGGCCAGACAGUGUUCCCGCUCUAUAGUGCUGGAGAGUGUGUGGCCAGAAACUGCCGUGCGUGUCCGUGUACAUACCGAACGCUCCUCUCUCUCAGAACCUUCAUCAGCAGUAACUCUCUGGGAUCAGCUGGCUUCUGGCUCCUGGGUCCUGAGGCCACAUUGGGAGGGGCCUAUGGCCCUACAAACACACGUCUGCGCUGUCAUCUGGGUCUUCAGACGCCUGCUCAGUGUGAGCUGGUGGUGGGUGGAGAGCCUCAGUGUUGGUCAGAGGGACACUGCCUCCUUGUGGAUGACUCCUUCCUGCACACCAUCUCACAUAACGGGGGAGCUGAAGAUGGUCCCAGAGUUAUCUUCAGUGUGGACCUGUGGCAUCCUAACGUGGCUGCAGCAGAGAGACAGGCUCUAGACUACAUCUUUGCCCCUGAGCAGUAGCUCUAGCUGUAUUUCCCAGGAUGCACCAGUCAAACCCACUUCAUGUCAUAUUAAAAUGCAGAAAAUGUUGUUUUAAAGUUCGCAAAACAUCUUGUGAUUUAGUUAAAAGUUCAUAUUGAGGAUAUUUAUCAUUUAAUUACUACAUACUUUGAUGUCUGACUCUUGUUUGACUGAAACCUUUUGAAAUAUUUCAAACAAACGACUUCAGUCAGAACUGUAGUUCUGCAAAUUUACCGUACAGAUCAGAAGACAUAUUGACUAUCUUGAGCCCUGAGCACACAGAUAACUGUGACGACACGCAAACAAUUUUUGAACUUCAUAUCUGCAUUUGACUUGUGCCUGUCUUGAUAAUCCCGCAUUCCUGUUCUAUCGUUUUUGUGCCUGAUUUCUCCUCCUUACCUCUCUGAUGUAUACUGUGAUACAUGGUUCUCCGUAAAUACUGUAAACGUGACUCACGGUUAUGCUACAUAUUUUGUUUUAUUUCAUCAGAUGGUGAUUUAUUUUCAUACCUGUAAAGCACACACUGAAGACAACAUACUGUAUAUGACCAGAUUACCUGCAUGUGUUGUGAAUUUUGACUGUGUUGCCACCAAUGCACUUGAUGACUGUCCUGCAAAUCAAGUAUGUAUUCAGCGGAGUUCAAUUAAAAAAUAAAAGGUUUUAUUAAA